AUGGACUUCCUACCUGAAAAUCUCCAAACAGUUCUCCAGAACCCAACAUUCGCCUACCUCCAAUCAACUACACAAGAUCACCUCACGGAAAAUCUCUCACAUCUCCGCACCAUGGUGCUUCAACCCUAUCUGAUCGAGCCUGCCUCGGCGUUCCUCGCGACAUACUCUGGUUCCAUGCCAGACGUACUAUCAGUUCUCGUUCUCAUCGUCAUUUUCUUUGUUUCUAUCAGGAUCCUGAAGUACGCCGCAGGCGUGUUCCUGUUCUGGGUCUUCCUCGUUGCCAAAAUAUUAUUCUGGGGUGUGAUUCUCGGUGUCGGCUGGUAUGUCUACAAUGCCGGCGUUGAGAACGCGAGCAGGGAUGCCGGACGGCUUUGGGGUAUAGCCUCUGGGUUUGUGGGCAAUUUUGAAGAAAAGAGUAAGACAGCUGCUGCUGCUUAUGCGGGAAUUACCAAGUAG